UCAACUCUUGAAGCUUCUCUCUUUGUAAAAUAUACUCACUAUCAGAUAUGAAUAAAAACUAAGAAGUUUUUGAGUUACUUUCUUGAGCAAAUAUUAUUAUUACUGUUAUAAUAAUUUUCCUUUUAUAAAAAGACAACUCUCCCCUUCCAUAUCACCCUUACGCCUUAGAGUAAAAAACGAACUAAGGCUGUGAUGAGUUAUACUGUAGGAACGACAGAGAAGUUAUCUGUUUUCAGGUUGGGACUGCGAUGUCUGGUAAAAAUCUCAUCGGAUACCCGGUGUAAUUUUGGUCAAAGCGGGAUAGAUACAGGUGUUAGAGAUCCUCAACAGGCACAUCGUUGAAAAUCAUUACUUUUCAGCUAUUUGAAAAUUAAAAUCAAAACGAUUGUGGAUGGAAAAUUCCGAGGAGUGUGAUGAGAGUAAUUUGUCAUACAAUUGGUCAGUGAACACAAAGUUUGAUAGGAUGGAAUAUGAGGAAGAAGCUGCCUUCAUUGAGAUGGAUCCCUCACUUUCUCCUUCUAAGAGAUUCUCUAAUGUCAAUAAACAUGAUUUCAUCAAUUUCAAUUUUCCAAUAUCUGAUCAUAAGGAGGAGUCCAUAAUGAAAAAUAAUAUGUUGUUGGAGGAGCCUUCACAGGUGCAUACUUCCUCCUCUAGGAGUAGUGGGAUAUUCCAAAAGUUGUUGGAUUUUCUCAAGCCAUUGUGCCAGAAAAUAAGUUUUGGGUGCAAAAGUGGUAGUAGUACUAGAGUACUAGAAGGACCAAUAUUAAUGAAGAAGUGGGAAAGUUCAGAGGGAACAUCAUCUAUAACUCCAAGGACAAGCAUAGCUAAUUAUUCUGAGGAUGAUUGGCGCAGAUCUUGUGAUUCUGAGGCAUCCAUUUAUGAAGCUGUUCUUCAUUGCAAAAGAACUAUUAAUGGUGAUGAGUAAUCAAGUGAAGAUUUCAGUACUACCAAGAAAGAAAUGAAAGUUUACUUAAAUGAUAUAUAGAAGAAAGAAGAAAAAAUAGACCAGAGAUGUGUGAAGAUAUUUCCUUUGUGUUGUUGGAAGUUUUGAGGAGACAGAGAAUCUUAAUGACACAUUGUUUGUCCUUGUGUUUUCCCUUUUCUCUCAACGAACAAUCACUUUGCGACUUGGAAAAUGUUUCCCUUUCUGCUUUGUAAAGUCAUAUAUAUGUAAUGAUGUUUUUAUACUUUUGUAUCAAUUUAUGUGGCAUUAUUUAUUAAAAUUUAGAUUAAAAUUUAAAAAUUUUAAUUCUAAAGAUGUCAUAACAUUUGUAUACCUAGAAGACUUUUAAAACUUCAAAUGUUCGAUAUAUG